AUGUCUCGCAGCUCGAUCCUCCUCACCGCGUUGGACACGCUCGUGCCUCCUCCCGCUGACCCUCCAGCCCUUUCCGACUGGCAAACACACUCAACAAUGAGCCGGCAUGCUCGUCCAGCUACCGGCCAGGAGAGCUGUCUGGUUGGCCCAGGCUGUGAAAGUUCUGAUCCUUCUUGCUCUGCUCGUGGCGGCCAUGCAGGCAUUGCGCUCAAACUUCGGCACAUCUGCGGGCUCAGCAUAGCAUUGCAGGCCCUCGGUGUGUGUGAGGGGUUCGCUGUUGGGGCGUCGCCUGUCGCUUGUAAGAUUCAUCCGCCACGAGAGAUCGAUGGUCGGCCGUUGUUUACUGACACAAGCUCGGGUUUCAACCCAGUGAAAGCAAGUGAUUUCAUCAAGACCUACUGGCAGAAACAUCCCGUGCUGCUGCGAAAUGCCUUCCGAUUCGAGUCCCCCGUUUCCCCAGACGAGCUCGCCGGCCUGGCUUGUGAGAAGGAGAUUUUCUCCAGGAUCGUCAUCGAGUGGGGGGCGCUGAAAGGUAAAGGAGCUCCGCCAGACAAGCCUUCGUGGGAGAUGCUGAUGGGCCCUUUCGAGGAGGAGACCUUUGCGAGCCUUCCCGAGAGCCACUACACGUUGCUGGUCCAGGAAGUGAGCAAGCAUGUCCCCGAGGUAGCAGAGUUGGGGAGCAAGUUUCAGUUCAUCCCUAGCUGGAGGAUGGACGAUGUCAUGAUCUCCUACGCAGCGGAGGGAGGUGGGGUUGGCCCGCAUGUCGACAACUACGAUGUUUUCCUGCUCCAAGGGAAAGGGAAGAGAAGAUGGAGCAUAUCGGCAAAGACUCUUGCUCCCAAGGACGAGGUCCUGAAGGCUGGGCUGAACCUUCGGAUCCUCGAAGGCACUUUUGUCAAGGAUGAAGAAUGGAUCCUCGAGCCUGGUGGGCAUGGACUGCGACUUGAUCCGUCGAUUGACCCUGUUCCGAACCAUCAGGCGACAUCCUCUACCUGCCUCCAAGGACAUUGGGGAGUGUCCAUGGAUGAUGAGUGCAUGACGUACUCCAUCGGCUUCCGAGCACCGAACAUCCAGGACUUGGUCACGGAGUACUCUGCUCAUGUCUCAGAUCUCUUGGACCCUGAUGAGUUCUAUCAAGAUCCUCACCUCAAACCGCCAGGAGCAGACGCUGCGCGCAUCGAUGAAGAAUCUGUCUCGGAUCUGUGGAGGCAAGUCGUUGGAGCGUUCUUUGGAGAGGAUGCGGACAAAUUCCCUCGUUCUUCUUCUGGCGAAGAGAAGUUCAAGAGGUGGCUCGGGGGAUACCUAACUCAACCAAUGAGGAUGCACGACGGAGGGGAGCCGGAGCAGAUCGAUAGGGAGGAAGCGGUGGCCAUUGUCGACGAUCUUCUCAGCGGCAACGAGGCCUGCCUGUUUCAAACUGAAGGGAUGAAGUUUGUCUGGCUCGCCCUUAGUGACGGAGUCAGCAUCUCCGCCAACGGGAAGAGCUGGGAGCUCCAGGUGGAUGGGCAGUUGUCGCAAAAGGAUUUGGGGAAUGUCAUCGAGGACCUCAUCGAAGAAGGGUUGCUGUAUUGCCCUGAGAUGUAA